CGUUCUUGUCGCUCAUUGCAGUCGCUGCCUACCUCCUCUGGGGCAUAGGGGCGACCACAACUCGGCAAGUCCCCGGUUUCACCCCGAGUGCAAUUACGCGGUCCGACGGCUCGUCCGCCAACGUCUACAUUCGCGAUGUAUUCGGCAGCGACUUAUGUGGCAGUGCUCCGACUGCAACAGCAGUCCCGGUGACAUGUCGCUAUGGUAUGGGACUUGCGGGUUUGGGCUUGGACGGACGGAUGAGCAUGAUCUGCCGGCGAGGCAAGUUUUUCCCUGGUUCCUCGAUAGAGUUUCAAUGAUGCUAAUGCAUGUUUUGGACACGCGUGAUGGUAAACAGGCUCGGAUCUGACGAUGUCAUGGAGCAUGUCGCUACGGCGAUUGACAUCUAUGCGAAAAAUGGGCGGAUUGGGGCGAGCGAGACUAUGUAUUGCCAGUCUGGCUUGGAUAAAGACGGGAAUGCGCCGUCGCAUCUGGCCAUCAUGGGGUAUAUCAUUGGGUCGCAUGUGUGGUGGAGAUCUACCGACGAAGAAGCCGUUGACAACUUGGCUGGGGAAAGCGAUGGAGGACCGUCUGCUCGGACUAGAAACAGAGUCCUGCGACUCAAGAGGCAGCGAGGCAGCCAGGCAGGUCGGAAGCAGAACGUGUCCUACCUUGACCUCUUUCCCCACGCUUCAAGAGCCGGCAAGACUUGCCCCUCUGUGUGUUGCAGUAGCACGAACGAUACGGGGCGCGAGCAAACCAAUGCCCCAUACCACAGAAGUGACACAGCAGUAGCAUGACACCCGGCCCUAGAGCAGUCCCUCCCACCAUUGACAAGGC